GUUAUCUAUUUUAUUGUGAAUAUUGUGUGUGAUAGUUAUUGUUUAUGAACUAUUACGUAUAUUGUAUUAUAAAAAUAGCGGUUUUAGCUGAUGGUCGUGUCGCGUAUCCUUCUAGAUUCAAUAAACAAAGCAGUGACCACUGUGACUCACUCUAUAAUCAGCAACGUAAAACAUAACUUGGAAAAUGUCAAACCAGCCGUUAUGCGGGGGUAUAUCAGAAGCAGACCCAAAUGACCCCAAGUACAUCCAGUUGGCGCAUGAGUCCUUCGCUAAAUAUUGCGAGACCAAUCCAGGUGGACCGAUCGAUGUAAAAGAAAUCAAAGUCAUCGGAGCAUCUCACCAAGUAGUUGCUGGUUCCAUGACACGGAUCACUUUCGCUGUAGAACCUGCCAACGGAGAGAUCUUCACAUGCUAUGCUAAGAUUUGGGAACAGCCGUGGCUCAAUAAGAAGGAAAUUGAAGUAACAUGUGAUCUGCCAGACAACUGGUAAAAGUCCAAAUAGUGUUAUGGCCGUUGUAAAAUAAGGAAUGUAUAUAUUUAUUUAUGUUCUGGAUUUUAUUGAUGUUUUCAUUUAUUUUUAAAAUUAUAUAAGAAAAAUUUAUUAAUA